AUGGCGCUGCCGCCACGGCCAAAGCCAACCAGGCGAGGCCAGGCUGGCGGCCCCCGGGUCCAGCAGCCCCAGCUGGCCCGGCCAGAGGAGCAGCCACGCCGGGCGCAGAGGGGAUGCUCACGGCCCGCGGAGGCACCCCAGCCGCGCAGCCAGGGCGCCGCGACCCCCGAGGCCGGGGUGCGGCGGGAUGAGGGCUCUGAGCCUCCCACCAGCCCGGCAGGCCCGGCCACGUACCGUCCAUCCUGGGGGACGCACGUCCUCCGCGGCCACAUGGCUCCCCGGGCACGCUCCUCCGGAGCUUAUUUCCCUAAAAUCCGUCACCAGCGAAAACAACGUCCUCCUGCUGCACCUCCCGGCGCCCCGGGCCGCUCGCGACACCCCGCCCGGCCGGCGCCCCGCAGCGCCCGCGUCUGCAGCAUCCGGGCGGCCGGGGGACCCCAGCGCUGCGCGCUCCCCGCGCCGCGGCCGCGCCGGAGCAGACAAUCGGGGAGCGGCGCCACUCACCCGCCGUCCUCGCCGGCCUCGAGCGGAACCUGCCGGCUCUACGGGGCGGGGGGCGCCGGGGGGGCAGGCUGCCCCCGGCCGCUCGCCUGCAGACCCCCGACAAAGCCGACACUUAGCGGCGGGCGGCGCCCCUCACAUCCCUGCCGCCCGCGUCUCCAGGCUCGGUGCAAGCGGCUCCCCGGGAAGCUGCAGCCGGCAGCCGCGGCGCGCACGAAAACACGGCAUGGACAUCCCGGGGCUGACGUCACGGGCGACAGGCGGGCAGCACGGGCUCAGCCUCGGGGGCCUCGGGGGCCAGGUCCGGACCGCCAAGGGGAGCCCGGGGGCCCCACAGCGAGCGAGGGACGCAGGAUCCCGGGGACCCCACAGCGAGCCCCUCCCCGGUGGGGACGCAGGAUCCCGGGGCCCCACAGCGAGCCCCUCCCCGGUGGGGAUGCAGGAUCCCGGGGGCCCCACAGCGAGCCCCUCCCCGGACUCCCAACCCACAUCAGCCAGAGGUUCAGAAUUGAGGCUCGGGGGUGCCAAGUGCCAAGUGCCAGGGCCCAGGGAGGAAAAGUCCAGAAAGGAAAGAGCUCAGAGAACCCCCAAUGUCACUGCUCCAACCAUCACUCAAGAAUGGACCCAGUGGUUCUGGGAAGACUGUGGGCACAGGAAGGGCUGAAACAGGGAGCACCUGAGACGAGGAUGGGCAGCGCCCCGGCCAGCUGGAAUCCCGCCCUGUCCAGGCUGAGGCAGGUGUGCCCGUCACCUGACGCGGGACCCUACUCGCUGUCCCCUGCUGGGAGGGGGCUGCGGCCAGGCUGGGCCCGAGCAGACCAGAGCCCCUGGCACCCCCGCCAAGCCCGGGCGACGCCUUCCCACGGGACAGCUGACAGCCGCGCGAAGGCCACUCCGCAGAAGGGAGGCUCCAGGUGUGGCCCCGAAAGCACCGUCAGCCACCACCUGUGCUGCACAACCACGGUGAACGGCUCCACCCCUCAAAGGGCUCGGCAGGCUCGAGAGAAGACCGUCCCAGACGCCGCGAGAGCCACCCCCCGCCCCCUGCCUCGAGGCUGCCCGGCCCCCUCCUCACCCCCUUCCCGCUCCCACACCCAGGGCAGCCGCCCCGUCCCGGUGGACCCAGGGGUCUGUCUUAAGCCGGAGCGAGGGUGGGGGCUCCUGCAGGCCAGUGGAGAGAGACCACCCCAGCCUGCAGGGGGAGAUGCCAAGGAGGGGUCACCUUAUCCCACAGCCCCCUCGCCCCUCCGGCCAACCCAGGGCCCCAGGGAGGCAGAGCUGCUUGGGGGCCGCCCCCAGCCUCAACACCCCAGUGCCAGCUCGACCAACGAGGACGUCCGGCCCGGGCGGGCGCUGACAGCUCCCUGGGCUGAAGAGCCCACGGCUGGGGCCAGUGACACGGAGACAACGCCGCGCGGUGAGCACAAGGUGCCCGGGCCCACGGGGGUCUCAGGAACCGGGGUGCCUAGUCCACGAGUCGGUCUCAGCCGCCCAGCUGGGACCCGGGUGCCCAGAGCACCUUCGGGGCUACUCCUUUGUGGGGCCCCCGAGUCUCCACUGCAGACCUCAGGCCACCAGGACGCCAAGGGGCCAGAGCCCACCCCCAGCCGCUGGGAGACCACCACUCCAGCCACCCAGGCCCGCCCAGGCCACUGA